GAGGGGGCGGGGUAAGGGAGGAGCCAAGGCCAAUCAGCUGGCAGAGUGAGAGCGCAGGGCACAGUCUCUAUUGAGUCUGAUUGUGGCCCCCGAGCCGACACGUGAGAUCCCUCCCGGCUAAACCGACCGCUCGGCCCAACCCGGAAACUGUCGGGAGGAAACGGAGCCCCCACUCCCCGGAGUCCUUCCCCCUCCCCCAUCUACUGACUCCCCCCCUCCCGCCUGGGAAAGUUUGGGGUGUGGACAUCUGGGCAGCCAUAUUGUCUGGACAAGUUGGGGGUCUCCGGCAUGGUGUGUGUUAUACCUCAUACACAGACUUCAGCCCUCUCUUGUGGGUGCCAACAUGGCCAGACCUUGAAGCUAGAUGUGCCAGGGAAGAACGCCAGCUGCCAGACACAGGGCAUCACACUGCUACUGGCGGCACAGAAACAGACAGGGAUGCAGAGGUCUCUGGACACCCUGGGGUUUGUCUGAGUCUCCCGAAAGAAACCCCAUUCAGCACCUUAAUGUACAUACCUCUCGAGGCAACAGCACUCCUCCUCACUCCCUGAGAUUGAAUUGGAGGCUAGGUUCUGCUGGAUCCAUGAGGCACAUUGAGAUGGAUUUACCACCUAAGGAGGAGGCUGGGGCAGAUGGGUGCUCAGGUACUGCUGGGAGCUCAAAAUCAUCAAGCCAAGAUGGAGCAUUGGAUGGAAGGCACGAGUGCAGGGUUCUGGUUGGGUUCCCUGAGGCAGAUCACCAGAUUCAGAGAGUUUAUCAUGUCUCCAUCAUCUCUGAUGUGCCAGCCUCUAAAACCUCUUCCCGCCAAACAUUAAAGAGGCCUCUUCCUGACCAGCUCUUUCAAGAAGCCACCAGAAGUCCAAAGAGAGCCUUCUGGGGUCACCCAAGAAGAGAUGGUCCCUUUAGACAGUCUGAAUUGGAUGGGGAGGAGGAACAGGACAAUAUUGAAGAUGGACUUCUCUCAGUUGAGGUACCACUGUGUAGUUCUGCUCAGCAUUUUUCCCAUAGUGGCCUACAUGUCACUGAGCACCGUGGUGAGGCCUCCUCCUCUAGAGAGUCCAUGUCUAGACUGCGAGUAGGUCAGUUGUUCACUAGUUGUCAGCAGACAGACUCUCCAUUAGUAGUGACCCAAGGCGCAUUGUACAGCAACCCAGCAGAGGCACAAAAGAUUAUGCCAGAUGGACUGUCCCACACCCACGUGGGAAAUGGGACUAAGGUUUCUUUGGAUAAUGAGGAAUAUAACGGAACUGAGGUGGAGCUUGCCACCAACCAGCACAUACUUGAUAAAGUUUUGCACAACAUUGCACAGCCUGAGGGCCCAGCCGAAAUGCCUGCUCAACCCAACGGUAAUCUGUCAGCAGAACCGAUGUUGAAAGAGCCCCUUUCUCCACAGCUGGAGGCCCAAUCAGAGGGUCCCAGCCCUGCAGAGACACCUCCAGGCCCAUCCCGCCAUUGUACUCCAGGAGGAAUGGCUGUCAAAAGGAAGCUGCUUCCAUCCAGCGAAUCGGCAGACUCCUGCUCUGAGGAUGAGGGGCAAAGCAAGAAGUGGAGGGCAGGCCAAGGAUGCCAAGCGUUACAUGGAGCCUGCAGGAGCACCGACUCUAAGGCUGCCCCCUUCUGGAAUCAUCUCUUACCAGCAGCCCGACGCUCGCAGAAGAUUCUCUCAGAGCACAGUGGGCGAAGACCAAAGCGAGGGCUGCAUCUGAAAUCGAGAUCCCUGAUCAGCUCACAGAAGGGACCUGCAGCGAGGAGCUGGGCCAAUUCCUGCAUCAGUCGCCCCCUGCUGGGCAACUUUGAGGAGUCUAUACUGAAGGGCCGAUUCCCUCCAUCCGGUCACAUCGAAGGAUUCACUGCAGAGAUUGGUGCCAGCGGCUCCUACUGCCCCCAGCAUGUCACCCUACCAGUCCAAGUCACCUACUUCCAUAUCUCUGAGCACAGUGUCCCCUCACCAUUCCUGGGAGUGAUCAAUCUGGAAGCAGUUGGGAAGAAGGGGUACAGCGUCCCCAGCACUGGAACCAUACAAGUGACCUUAUUUAACCCUAACAAGACUGUGGUGAAGAUGUUUCUUGUUACCUACGACCUGAAGGACAUGCCACCCAAUCACAUGACCUUCCUGCGCCACCGCAUCUUCCUGGUGCCCGUGGAAGAACAGACGGAGAACGGCGGCGGAGAUGGGCCCCGAGAGAUAAUGGUCGAUAAUGAAUCCAAUCCCAGCAAGGAGACGGCCAGGAGGAUCUUGUGUUAUCUCAUGCACCUGAGGUUCCAGAGAUCCAGAUCAGGGAAGAUUUACCUCCACGGGGACAUCCGCCUCCUCUUUUCCCGUAAGUCGAUUGAAGUGGACUCUAGGAUCCCGUAUGAACUGAAAUCUUUCACCGAAACUCCCAGCAACCCCAAAUACUCCCCUCGGGUUUGAAGGUGAAUCACAUGAUGGUGUUUAUAUAAGGGGGGGAUCCCAGAACUGUCAGACUGUCCCCCCCACUACAGUCUCCCUGCGCAUUGCACACACCUUAUUUAUUACCUGUGUCCCCGCCUCAUGCCCCCCCCAAGGACUGUCCAAUCGCUGAAGGCUUCCGUGGAUCACAUGGGAACCAUCCUCACAAGCAGGAACCCUCCCCCAUGCACCCAAGGUGUAUAAGUGGUGCCCGAAAUUUUUCAUUUAACCCCCAGUCGCCUGGUUUAUUAAACCCACCAUGUUAUUUUA